CACACACAGUGAGACGACGACGAAGAGCGUUUGGAAAUUAAAUGUGCGGGGCUUCGUGGAAUAAGAAGUGUGUUAAAGGUUGUGUAGUCCUGCCAGCAGGAGUGAAGUUUCAAAGUUCAGUGUCCAACACCAGAAACAAGUGCGACAUCUUGUAGUGUCUGAUCGACAGGCUCGAUGGCUCAGUUUAGUCGUGUGUCGAGGUCUGUUGGCUUGAUUACUCUCCAAAAUCCUCCUGUCAACGCGCUCAGUGCAGCCGUGAGGCAGGGCAUCGUUGACACGGUGCAGAGAGCACUCAGUGACCCAAAGGUGAAGACUCUGGUCAUCUGUGGCCAGAAUGGAGUGUUUUGUGGUGGGGCGGACAUCAAGGAGUUCAGGACAGAGAUGUCGGGGCCUCCUCUUGUACCAAUGAUCCACGCCAUCGAAACUGCAAACAAGCCGGUGAUAGCAGCCAUAGAGGGAAUCGCUUUAGGAGGAGGCCUUGAGUUGGCACUUGGUUGUCAUUAUCGAAUUGCACACUCAAAAGCCAGACUGGGGUUUCCAGAGGUGACUCUGGGUCUGCUGCCAGCUGCAGGGGGAACCCAACGUCUGCCAAGGCUCAUCGGCUUCCCAGCUGCGUUAAACCUCAUCACCACAGGCCGCCAUGUGACCGCUGCUGAGGCUCUGCAGCUUGGAAUAGUGGAUCAGGUUACUGAUCACAACACUGUGGACGCAGCUGUGAAGUUUGCCCAGAGUGUUGAAGGUCAGUCGCCGGAUGCCCGUCGUUUAAGCACCUAUCCAUGUCCGCGCCCGUCUGAUUUGGACGCUCUGUUUGAGGAGGUGAUGCUGAAGGUGCGACAGAGUGCCCGCGGAGCUAUAGCACCAGUUACAUGUGUCCAGGCAGUGCGGGCAGCUGCCACCCUUCCUUACGCUCAGGGCAUGGAGCGAGAGAAAGAGCUAAUGGCCACUCUGUUCACCUCAGGCCAAGCCCGAGCCCUGCAGUACUGUUUCUUUGCUCAGAGAGCUGUUGGCAGGUGGAGCAUGCCCAGUGGAGCCCGCUGGGACACAAGCAAGCCCAAGCCUGUGCAUAAAGCAGCUGUCAUCGGUCUCGGCACCAUGGGGAGGGGCAUAGCAGUGGCCCUGGCGCAGACAGGGUUAUCUGUGGUUGCCGUGGAGACCCAGGAGAAGCAGAUGAUGGAGGCAAAGCAGGUAGUAUCUGGCAUGUUGGAGCGUGGGGCGAAGAGACGUGGGGUGACUCCAGCGCUUGAUAGGAUCACUUACAGCAGGAACAUUCAGGCUGUAGCAAGUGUCGACCUGGUCAUCGAGGCUGUGUUUGAGGACAUGGCUUUGAAGGAGGAAAUCUUUCGGCAGCUGUCUGCCAUCUGUAAACCAGGCACUCUCCUCUGUACAAACACGUCUGGAUUAGACGUGGACCACCUGGCCUCUCAAAUCCACAACCCAGAGCUGGUGGUUGGGAUGCACUUCUUUGCCCCAGCCCAUGUUAUGAAGCUGCUGGAGGUGGUGUAUGGGCCGCGAUCCUCUCCUCGAGCUGUGGCCACUGCCAUGGAACUGGGAAAGAAAAUGGGCAAAGUCAGUGUGGCUGUUGGCAACUGCCGUGGCUUUGUGGGGAACCGCAUGCUGAAGCCGUACGUUGAACAAGCUUUCUUCCUUUUGGAGGAGGGAGCUACACCUGAAUUGGUAGACCGAGUGCUGGAGGAGUUUGGUUUCGCCAUGGGUGUUUUCAGAAUGUCCGACCUCUCAGGACUCGAUGUGGGCUGGAGAGUCCGGAAGGGAGACGGCCUGGUGGAGCCCGGUUUGGUAAAAGGGCAGUCAGCUAGAAUCCGACAGGGACGGAGGUACAGCCCCCUGGGAGACCUGCUCUGUGAGCAGGGACGCUUCGGCCAAAAAACUGGCCGGGGAUGGUACCAGUAUGACAAACCCGGCAGUCAGGUUGCCAGGUCUGACCCUUGGAUGCACAGCUUUCUGGAGGGGUUCAGAGCCCAGCAUGGCCUGGUGGCACGACGCAUUGACCACCAGGAGGUGCUGGAGCGCUGCCUCUACGCCCUGAUCAACGAGGGCUUCCGCAUCCUGGAGGAGGGAAUAGCUGCAGGACCCGAAGACAUCGAUGUCAUCUAUGUGUUUGGCUAUGGCUGGCCCAAGCACCGUGGAGGUCCCAUGUUCUACGCGGGCAUGGCGGGGCUGGAGAAGGUCCUUGAGAAGCUGGAGCAUUACCAUCAGGCUCAUCCUGAUGUGCCUCACCUGCAGCCCUGCAGCCUCCUCAGGAAGCUGGUGGCCAGCGGCAGCCCACCUAUCCAUAAGUGGAAAGAAGUCAUCAGGAAGCUCCACAGCCAGCUUUAAAUCUCAAACAUACAGAAUUUACUCUCAUUAUAAACGUUAAUAAUGAAUCUCUUAUACUUUGAUUAAACACACAAUGAACUGCACUUACAUUGUGCUUUAUAAUAAUACUGAUCAUCUAAAUUGUGAUUAUGGAUGAUACCGUGGAAGCCUGUUGUUCUUCCUGUGAUAACUACUCAUAACAUCUGUCAGCCUACACUGAACAGCCACUUUACUAGAUAAACCUCUGCACUAUAAUGCCUUUCAGUGCAACAGCACUGCAGUAAAUCCAAUCUCUGUGAAGCUCGUACUGUUUUUGUUGACACUAAAUGAGAAAUAUUAAUUGAACUUGCAAUAUAUUAAUUGAAGUAUUGUUCCUGAUGUUGUAUCUUUUGAUAUGCUGCAAUUAGUUUAACUACUGCAACAGCUUAAGUUGUGCAGUGGGUUGCAAUAUUGGAAUGAAUUUGAUUGGAAAAAAUGGCGAAUCAGUGCAGUUUUUUUACAAUGUUUUUUUCUUUUAAAUUCUAUAAAGGCAAGCAGAACACAAACUGUUGUUAGAUCUUUGGGGUUUUUUUGUUUGUUUGUUUUGUUUCGUUUUUAAAAAUUUAAACAUUUUCGUGCCAAAGAGAUGACCUGUCAUCCGAUGCCUCAAUAAAGA